GCGGCCGCGGCUCCGGCGAGGGCGGCCCGCACGCGAGCGGACGCGCGGACUCGGGGCCCCGGGGACGGCCUGCGCGGCUCGGGCCCGGGCGCGGCGGCUCGGCCCGGGGUGCCGGUCCAGCACCUGGACAUGGAGACACAGCGCUCAUCACCUCUGUCGCUCCCCAACAUCCUACAGGAAGAGCCCCCCCGCCAGGCUUCUGCUGUACCUCCUCGGGAUUCGCUCUUCCCAUCCCGGGUGCUUCCACACAAGGAAGUGCCACCUUUGUCGCCUGUCGCUGCCCACCAAGGCUCCGUCCCACACACACCCCGCGCUGCCAAGCACGACCCCUCUGGCCGCAUGCUGCAUGCACCCUGCCUGUAUCCGGCCUCCGCCUCCUCCGAGCAAGACACGCACCUCCAAGGAGAGACCCAAUAUCCCACCCCCGCUGCUGCUGAGCAAGAACUUUCACUUCUCUCCCACCAGGAGACCCACAUGCACUUGCCCGAGGUCCCCGACAAAGAUCCUCUGACCCUCUCCCCGACAGUGCCCGAGACAGACAUGGACCCUCUGCUCCAGAGCCCCACUUCCCAGAAGGACACCCCCUUCCCACUCACCCCGGCAGCCCAGAAGGACACACCGCUGCCCACAGCCGAGAUCACGCGCUUGGCCGUGUGGGCUGCCGUUCAAGCGGUGGAGAGGAAAUUGGAGGCCCAGGCCAUGCGGCUCCUGACCCUGGAAGGCAGGACGGGCACCAAUGAGAAGAAGCUGGCCGACUGCGAGAAGACUGCAGUGGAGUUUGCCAACCACCUAGAGAGCAAGUGGGUGGUGCUGGGCACGCUCCUGCAGGAGUACGGGCUGCUGCAGCGGCGCCUGGAAAACAUGGAGAACCUGCUGAAAAACAGAAACUUCUGGAUCCUCCGACUGCCCCCUGGUAGUAACGGGGAGACCCCCAAGGUCCCGGUCACCUUUGAUGAUGUGGCUGUCCACUUCUCAGAACAGGAGUGGGGAAACCUCUCAGAAUGGCAGAAGGAGCUGUACAAAAACGUCAUGCGGGGAAACUAUGAAUCACUGGUGUCCAUGGACUACGCAAUUUCCAAGCCUGACCUCAUGUCCCAGAUGGAGCGCGGGGAAAGGCCGUCCAUGCAGGAGCAGGAGGACUCAGAAGAGGGAGGACCUCCUGCAGACCCCAGUGCUGCACACGAUGGCAUUGUCAUCAAAAUCGAGGUGCAGACCAACGACGAGGGCUCCGAGAGCCUGGAGACUCCCGAACCACUGAUGGGACAGGUGGAGGAGCAUGGCUUCCCCGACACGGAGCUGGGUGAGCCAGGCGCAGAACGACCUGACCUAGAUCUACCAGAGCCUGAGCACGCACUGGAAGAGUCACCGGGCGCCUCCAGUGAGUUCAGCGAGCUCAAACACAUGCUGGCACAACAGAGGCAUGGCGCAGAAGGAGGGAUCGUGAUCAAGACCGAGGAGCAGGACGAGGAGGACGAAGAGGAGGAGGAAGAGGACGAGGAUGAUGAGGAGGAGCUACCUCAGCACUUCCAGUCCCUGGGGACAGUGCCCGGGAGGUACGAGGCCAGCAUGUACCCGCCGCCGCUGCCCGGAGAGCUGUCCCCGGAGCUGUCCGCCGAGGAGGAGCGCGAGGAGGAGGGUCCCCCGCCACUGCCGCUGGCUCUGCCGCUGGUGUCACCUGCGGGGAGCAAGCGGCUGUUGCCGGGGGGUGCGCACGGCGAGGGGCGGCACUCCGGCGAGGGCCGGGGCUCGACGGCCAGCCAGCAGCAGCAGCAGCAGCGCAACCGGCGCGGGGAGCGGCCCUUCACCUGCCUGGAGUGCGGCAAGAGCUUCCGACUGAAGAUCAACCUGGUCAUCCACCAGCGCAACCACAUCAAGGAGGGCCCCUACGAAUGCAACGACUGUCACAUCACUUUCCGACACAAGCAACAGCUCACGCUGCACCAGCGCGUGCACCGCGGCCGGGCCAGCUACGCGUCCCCGGAGCGCCCGCCAGGCUUCGGGCCCAAACACACGCUCAAGCCGCGCCCCAAGUCGCCCAGCUCCGGGAGCGGGGGCGGCAGCAGCCUCGGCAUGGGAGGCAGUAGCGGCGUUGGCGGCGGCCCCCCGAAGCCCUACAAGUGCCCCGAGUGCGACAGCAGCUUCAGCCACAAGUCGAGCCUCACCAAGCACCAGAUCACGCACACGGGCGAGCGGCCCUACACCUGCCCGGAGUGCAAGAAGAGUUUCCGCCUGCACAUCAGCCUGGUCAUCCACCAGCGCGUGCACGCGGGCAAGCACGAGGUGUCCUUCAUCUGCAGCCUGUGCGGCAAGAGCUUCAGCCGCCCGUCGCACCUGCUGCGCCACCAGCGGACUCACACGGGCGAGCGGCCCUUCAAGUGCCCCGAGUGCGAGAAGAGCUUCAGCGAGAAGUCCAAGCUCACCAACCACUGCCGCGUGCACUCGCGGGAGCGGCCCCACGCCUGCCCGGAGUGCGGCAAGAGCUUCAUCCGCAAGCACCACCUGCUCGAGCACCGGCGCAUCCACACCGGCGAGCGGCCCUACCACUGCGCCGAGUGCGGCAAGCGCUUCACGCAGAAGCAUCACCUCCUGGAGCACCAGCGCGCGCACACGGGCGAGCGGCCCUACCCCUGCACGCACUGCGCCAAGUGCUUCCGUUACAAGCAGUCCCUCAAGUACCACCUGCGGACCCACACGGGCGAGUGACCCCGGCGCCCCUCCCGCCCCCCCUCCAGGGGCACCCACUCCCCCCAGGCCCUUCGUGCC